UGGAGCUGUACCUGCAGCUGCCGCACAUCAUCUCGCAGCUGGCCGACGACGCCGAGUUCCUGCAGUCGGCGCUGAUAGACGGCGGCGUCAGCGUGCUGGACUCCCUCUCGCACACCCUGCUGACGGCCAUCGGCGCCACGCGGCCCGGCAAGGAGUGGAUCACCACCAUGAGGGACUUCGAGAUCUCACUCCGCAAGAUGGCCGCCACGCAUCCGGUGCUCUUCCUGCGCCAGCUGCCGAUCAUGGCGUCGCUGAUGCGCGGCCGGACCCACCUGGACGGCCCCGUAUUCCGGCUGAGGAACCACGCCGUGCUGUUCGCCCAGCUGCUGGGCGUGCUGGAGCUGCUGCAGCCGCACGUCUACCUGUCGCAGCACCGCACCGCGCUGGUCGACAUUCUCGACUCGUACUGCCACAUGCUGCAGAGACAUAACCUGAAGGAGGUGACGGCAAUGAUUCCCCGCAUCGCCGUCAUUCUCAACAAUUUCGUCUCUCACGCGCCGGCGGAAGCGUCCCAGUUUCUCAACAAGUACUCCAACCUCAUCAUCUCUCUGUCGGCCCGGUUCUCGGACCAGCCGCUGCUGCGAGCGCUGGCCUCGUGCCUGACGUCGGCCGGUGCCGGGCCGGCGCCGCUGCCGGCCGGCCCCGACCAGGGCCCCUCGCCGGCCCAGCUGUCCGGCCUCAUGAUGAAGCUCAACAGCGCCGAGAGCAGCGACGAGCUGACGACCGUGCUGCAGGACCUAAAGGCGCUGGCCGCCCGCCGCGUCGGCGUGCUCGAUCAGUUCGUGGACGACCUCUGCGACCUGCUGUCGAGCAGCGGCGCGUCGGUGCGCGAACUGGCGCACGAGCUGCUGCUGCGCCACCUGCAGCAGACGCCGACGGCCGCCGACCGCUGCGUGUCGGCCUACUUCGAGUGUCUGGACAGCGGCGACGAGUGCGUGCGCUCGAUGGUGCUCGACCGGCUGCCGGAGAUCGUCGUGCUGGCGCAGGAGUAUGCCAGCCAGCUGAUGCAGAAGGCCUUCGAUGUGGCCAUCUCGACCAACGUGAACACCGCGUCGUAUAUUAGUGAUGCGAUGGCUCUGCUGAACGUGCAGAUCGGCGCGUGAAGAACACAUUUGCACCAAAGCACCAUUGGUGAUCGUGGCGCUGAACGGGAGGACCAGUGGUGGCGCAGUAUCACCUGUGAUGUCCCGGCCAACAUCGAUGUACUGACAGCGCUGAACAUGCGGACGAACAGGCGGCCGGGGGAGCAGGCGGUGGUUUCGUGAUCAGCGUGUGUGCUGUAAAGACGUGAAUAGUGAUUUUCACAGAACCCAUGUUUAUGAGUGUGCGUCAGAACUUGCGUGGAAGGUUGGUAUAUCGAAGUAAAAAGUCGGUCAGACGGCUGACGGUCCAUGUCAUGGCAAGGUGAUGAAGCGGAGCAGUGCAAGACAUCGCAAUGUUUAAAACUGCAUUUAUUUUACUGAUACUCAGCUUUCAUUCACGGCAGUG